GUGACCGGAAGUGUGUGUUGGAAGUUCAACGCCAGUAGGAAGUGUGUUUAUUUACGAUGCAGCGACACACAAGCCUGAAGUGUUGAAAAACAACAUUGAGCUCUUUAUUGUGGGAGCGGAGACUGUGUUUUCUAUGAAAGCCAGCGCGGCUACUGUCCCCCGUGAGUCUGAUCUAUCGCCAGCUGGUUGUUUUUGGCUGUGAGGACUCAACCUUCGCAUGCUAGUGCUAGCUCAGGGGCUAGCUAAGUUGGAUCACAACCUUGCCCUGUCCGUCACCACAGCCCCGCGGAGUGUCGUGCUGCCUGCUGAUGGUGCACAACUUUCGUUUUCACUUUGUCCUAGUUUAGCUAAUGUCGACGCACGGCCUGGCAGUCCACGGUGUGCAGUUAAUGUGACGCUAACUGUCCCGCAGUGUGUCCUUAGUUUGUUUUGACAGCCAUGACCAGCCGCUGGCAGCGACAGGGACUCCGCAGGGCUGGGUCGAUAAGUCCAUGAGGAGCUACAGCGGUCGUCUUCGGCGACACUGACCCCCCCCCCCCCUGUGAGGGCUUUUACCUGGAGUAGCUCUCUUCAUCCCUGAGCCACCAGGAUGUUGGAGGGCCUUGUUGCCUGGGUGCUAAACACAUACCUGGGAAAAUAUGUCAGCAACCUGAACACAGAUCAGCUGUCCAUCGCCCUUCUGAAAGGCGCAGUGGAGCUGGAGAACCUCCCUCUGAGGAAAGAUGCCCUCCGAGAGUUUGACCUGCCGUUUGAAGUCAAAGCAGGCUUCAUUGGAAAGAUUACCCUCCAGAUCCCUUUCUACCGGCCUCACAGCGACCCCUGGGUCAUCUCCAUGUCCCAGCUCAACCUCAUCAUCGGCCCCGCCCAGCUGCAGGAGUACGAUGGAGAGAAGGAGCGAGAGGAGGAGAGAGAGCGCAAAAAACGCCUCCUCAAGGCUCUCGAAGACAGAUUCAGAAGCGAGUGUGAACAGAGGGGAGAGUCUUACUGGUACUCUGCCACGGCCUCCGUGGUCACCAGGAUUGUGGAAAACAUCGAGCUGAAUAUCCAAGAUGUGCAUCUGAGAUUUGAGGAUGACUUCUCCAACCCGGAGAAACCCUUUUCCUUUGGGGUUUGCAUCAACAACGUUUCUGCUCAGAACCCCUCCAAAGAGUCGGUCCAGAAGCUCCUCCGACAAAAGCAGCUGGAGAUAGAAGACUUCAGCGUCUACUGGGAUACAGAGUGUGAAAUGCUGGGAAAGCUGCCCGUAAACCAGAUCCAGGAGGCGAUGACCCAGUGUAUGCAGAGCCGUGAGCAUCAGUACAUCUUUGAACCAGUGUGCGCCUCCGUGUUGCUCAGAAGAAACGCCUCCAAGGAGCCUCUGAGGUCCCGAAACACCCCACGGAUUGAAGGCCAAGUUCAGCUGGAGCCCCUGUCCUUACGCCUGUCACAGGUCCAGUACCAGCAGAUCAUGGCGUUCCUCAAAGAGCUGGACCGCCGGGAGAGAGAGAUGCUUCACCGACAGUGGAGACCCAAAGUCCCCGUUUCUGGGAACUGCCGUCAGUGGUGGAUGUUUGCCAUCCAGGCCAACCUGAGUGAAAUCAGGGAGCUGCGGCGGCGAGGCAGCUGGGCAGCCUUUGCACUGCAGCGGGCGCGAGACGCCCAGACCUACACCAGCCUCUACUUCAGAAGGCUCAAAGGAGUCCCACUGAGUCCUCAGGAAGAGACUGAGCUGGAGCGAGUGGAAGAGGAGCAGACGUUAGAGGAGCUGCAGAGUCUCCAAGAAAUCGUCCACGACUGGUUUCGAAAGCAGGAAGAGAUCGCAGAGAAUGUGCGAGAGCCCAGCAGCGACCCCCAGCCCUGUUCACCCCCGACAUCCAUCCCCAAGAGCGGGAGCUCGGGGAUGAUCCAGUACCUGCAGUCUUGGUUCCCGGGCUGGGGAGGCUGGUAUGGAGAUUCCCAGGACCCAGACAGGCCUGAAGAGCUCCUGCCAAGUCCGUCCUCCUGGGAUAUUCUAGCAGAGACAGAGGACUUGUUCGACCCGUUGGAGGACUCUCACACUCUGAACACGUUCACCCGGCGAGAUCACCUGUUUGCCCGGCUGGAGUUCUUACUUGAGAAGGGCGGAGUCACGCUCUUCCACCAGGACAGGAGGGGGGACGCGCUGCGCGAGAGCGGCGUCAUCCAGCUGGAAUUCUCAGGGGUGAAGGUGAGUGUGGAGUCUCUCCCUCGCUCCGAGUCCUCCCUGCUGUCUGUUAAGCUGGGCGGUUUGUUCCUGAGAGACUUGACUACUCAGGGCACCAUCUUCCCUGUCCUGGUGUCUCCCAAAACGGACAAAGUUGUUGUUGCUGUUAACCCGCCGUCCGGCCAGUCCAGCAGUACCUCUGGAUGCAGUGCAGAGUGCUCUUCAUCACCAGUGUUUGAGAUGAUUUAUGAGCGUAACCCUGUGAGGUGUAAGUUUGAGAGAAGACUGGAAGUGAACACUAGUCCACUGAACAUCAUCUACAACCCACAAGCAAUCAAAAAAGUGACUGAGUUCUUCUACAAAGGCAGAGUUCAUACCUCAGGUUUCGGCUAUCAGUCAGAGCUGGAGCUGAGAGUGGCAGAGGCUGCCAGGAGGCAGUACAACAAGUUGAAGAUGCAGACCAAGGCAGAGAUCCGACAAACCAUCGAUCAGCUACUUGUGGGAGAGUUUAUUGAAAACAGUAAGCGUUGGACCAUGAAGUUGGACAUCUGUGCACCCCAGGUGAUUUUCCCAGAUGACUUCCAGUCAGAGGACCCAAUGCUAGUUGUUGUUGAUUUAGGUAGAAUUCUCCUCACAAACUCUCAAGAUGACACUAAGGCCAGCUCAAAAGCUACUCAACCUGAAAGGGAAGACAUGAGUGAUGAUGAGUACCAGACACCCCUUGCCACCCCUCCGGAGUCUCCACCACCUGAACUAGACAUGCCUUUGAAAGAACAGUUCAAAAGCACUGAACUUCCCAGCCUCAGAUCCCCUGAAAGUACACAGGCCUACAGCAGAAAGCUUUACGAAAAAUACUCCUUGUCCUUUAAGGACCUGCAGAUAAUGGUUGGUCGCUGUAAGGACAACUGGAAACAUCUUCAAGAGAGUGAGGUAGGGCCUACUCAUGUGGUGGAGAAGUUUAAUGUGCUGCUGCAGCUUGAGCAGAGACUGCGCUACACAUCAGACCCCCAGCUCCCUGGGGCCGUGCUGUCAGGAACCCUACCAGACCUCAAGGUCCAUAUCAACCUUGAGAAGAUGACCGCCCUUAGGAGUUGUCUGGCAAGGCUAAGUUCAUCUGAAGGGGACAAAAGCCAAGAGAGAAGCCCAAAUAUAAGGUCUCCUGACCCUCUUACCCUCCGCCAUGACAAGAUCUUUCAGAGGGAGGACAGCUCCUGGAAGCUGCAAGGUUCAGCCAAGAACCUGACCCAGAGUGUGAUGACUUUAGAGCAGCACACACGGGAAGUCCUGGUAGAAUCCCGUCUACUGUUAGCUGAAUUCAACAUUAACUAUAUGCAGCUUGGUGUAGAGAGUGAUGGACGCUACAUAUCUGUUCUCAAGGUAUUUGGCACAAAUGCUAAUUUUGUCAAGCGGCCUUACGAUGCUGAAGUCUCUCUGACUGUCCACGGACUUCUGCUGGUGGACACCUUACAGACCUAUGGCUCAGACUUUGACCUCCUUGUGGCUUCUCAUAAGCAUCUCAGUUUUGACAUACCCACGGGCAGCCUCCGAGAGAGCCAGCCUUCGUCCCCUGUGUCAUCUGAUGGCAGGUCUCCCCAGCAUCAGGGCCACCAUACUGAGUCAUCCUCUGGUAUACUCAUGGAUAGACUCUCCCCCUUCAGUUCCUUUCUCAAAGACCAGGAGGCCCUGAUUAAGCUUGAGUACCAGUUUGUGAGCUCAGACUGCCCCUCCAUGAACCUGGACAGCUCCCUUCAGGUGACAAGCAUGCAGGUCAAUAACUUGGACAUCAUUCUCAACCCUGAGACCAUGGUGGAGCUACUGAAGUUCCUCCAGAAGUCUUUCCCCAAAGAAGAAAGCACCUGGACGUCGUCAGCGCAACAACAUACACCACAGCCUUAUAGUGAGGAAGGGGAGGGGACAUAUCAGGCCACCUAUGACCAGAACAAAGAGCUGACUGUGGAGAUCCACCGCCUUAAUCUGCUUCUCCUUCGGACCGUGUCCACUGGCACUGUCCUGGGUGCUGAGAAGAAAGGGUUGAAGAUUGCCACUGCCAGCAUCACUGGCACCAAGGUCAAUGUGUCCAUGGGCAGUCGGUUGGACAUCAAUGGUUCACUCGGGUCCAUGCAGUUGGUGGACCUGACCCAGGAAGGAGGCCGAAGCCAGUUUGUGGUCAGCAUUGGAAGUGUUGAGGACAGCUCCUCAACUCUCGGCGGAUUAACAUUCCUUGCUGACACAGGAGGUUCUCCCUCAGAAGCUUUAAAUUUUCGCCUUAUGGAGAAAUCCCAAGGGGAGUGUUCCUUGCAACUUCAAAUGGCAUCCUUGCACUAUAACCACUCGGCCAAGUUCCUGAAGGAGCUGAGUUUGUCUGCCAAUGAGGUCGAAGACAAUUUUCGCUCCAUGCUGAAAAGUGCUGCCACCAAAGUGUCAACCGUUCUAGCCACCAAGACGGCGGAGUAUAGCGGUAUGGUUUCGCUCUUUGAGACACCCUCACGGAGAACUCGAACUCAGAGUCAGAGCUGGGCUUAUCCAUUUGAGGACGACGAGGAUCUUCCUAUGGAGGAACCUGAAUCCACCCUAGACACAUUCUUGGUGAAGCUGACCCUUAAUAUCAGCAUUGAAUCCCCAGUUGUGUCCAUUCCCCGUAAACCCGGACACCCUGAGCUACUGGUUGGUCAUCUGGGAAGCAUAACAAUCCAGAAUUUUGUCACUGGGCAAGACUCUGAAGGGGGGAAGUUGCAGGUGUUGGUGAAGGAUAUUCGACUGUAUUCACUCAACAUGAGUCAUUUGGUUUUGAAGAGGGCACCCAGAGGGGAUAACGCUGGCAUGUCACCAUCUCACAAUGGGAGCAUCAAUCAGGAUGAACCACAGUUCACGCGUCAUGACUUCUUUGAAUCCCUCAGUCGCGGAAAAGCCUUCCAUAUAUUGAAAGACACCACUAUACAGUUCACCCUGGAGAAAGUUCCCGUCGACGAAGACACCCAAUUUACCUUCCUGACCACAGAGGAGCCCUGCGAGAGCACAGGGUUACUGAGAGUUGAGGGCAAAUUCGUCAACCCUGUCCAGGUGUUCCUGUGCAAGCCUGUGUAUGAACAAGUCCUCCAGACACUGGACAAUUUGUCCCUGAUUGAGGAGCAACGUGUCACACCCAGCCAACCGCCCACACCCCCACCACCAACUCCUUCCUCCACCAGGCCUCACCGCUUUCCUGACCCCCAGGGAGGGCUGUUUGCAAGGGACCCUCCCCACAUCAGCUUCUCCCACUCGUCACUUUCCUCUCCUUUGCCUCUACAGUCUCACAAACCCGCUCUUCACUCUUCCUCAUUCACUCAGCUAAAAGUCACCUUACACGUGGCAGAACUGCAGGUCCAGCUCAGUGCUGACCUGACCCAGGGCUCUCAGGGCUUAGUCAGUCUGCGCUUCCAAGAUCUGGAGGGAGACUUUACCAAAGACCACCCUCAGCUACUGGCAAUCCAGCUGGCGCUGCGCUCGCUGCUAAUGGAGGACCUCCUGGAGCAGAACCCUGAGUCUAAGUACAAACAUUUGAUGGUGUCUCGCGGAGCUCCCAAGCCAUCCACUUUCAGUCCAAAGGAGUACCUUUCCCAAAGCUGUCCAUCAGCAUCCAAUGCCCUGUACCCAGACAUGCCCCGCUCACUGCCUGCCCACAUGGAGGAGGCCCAGAACGUCUUCCAGCUCUACCAGAGGCAUCCUAGCACCCCCUCAGCUAGCAGUCGCAAAUCCAAGAGGGACCCAGAAUGUCCCAGCACUCCACCUCCCUCUCCGACCCACCACACGCCCUCCCCUCAGCCACCCCCAGACUUUGACGACUCAUUAGUUCAUAUCAAUGUGCUGCUGGUGGACCAGAACCACCCGGAGUUCAAAACGCGCUAUGGCAGUGUGGGACGAAGCGUAGAUGUUGACUUUAACUGCCUGGACGUUUUGAUCACACUACAGACCUGGGUGGUUAUCCUGGACUUCUUUGGUAUUGGCUCCACGGCCAAUAAUCAUGCAGUGAGGGGGAACCCUAUGUCACCUCAACCUGUGCCGGGACAUCCUCUGUAUGAGCCAGACAUGAGUGAGGAGGAGACAACAGAGGCCGUCAACACUAGAGUGGACCUAAAGGUUCAUGCUUUGUCUCUUGUACUGAACAAGAAACUCAACGAGCUUGCCAGAGCGAGUGUAUCCAAAUUAUCUGCUCAUCUGGAAAUGUUGGACGGUGACUUGGCAUUACAAGGCAGUUUAGGAAGUUUGUCCCUGAGUGACCUUACCCCACAUGGUGAUCUCUACCGAGAGCGCUUCACCACACGAGGAGGGGAGGCCCUUAUUUUCAACAUCCAUAAGUACGGCCUGCCUGAUCCUUACCUGGAGCGGGAAUGUGACAUCAAGGUGUCUUUGCAGAUGGCCUCAGUGCAGUACGUCCACACCCAGCGCUUCCAGGCCGAGGUGGUGGCCUUCAUCCAACAUUUCACCCAGCUGCAGGAUGUCCUGGGCAGGCAGAGGGCUGCAAUGGAGGGUCAGGCUGUGCGGGAUCAUCCUCAGCGGGCAUCCAGGGUUCUGCUGGACAUUGAGGCCGGCGCCCCGGUUAUUCUUAUCCCAGAGAGCUCACGGUCGCCAAGGGUCAUUGUGGCCAACCUCGGCCAGCUGAAGGUGCAGAACUGCUUCCUGCCAGCUGGGGCUUAUGGGACUUUUUCCCUCCGAGACAAGGUAGAGAAACUCACCAUGGCUCAUGCCUUUUUCCCUUCUCUGGAGCGUGUCCGGAGUGCAGCAGGGAGGAGUAGUGAGCAGGAGAAGCCGAGAGCCUCCCCUUCCAGCUCCUCCUCCACCUCCUCCUCCACAGGGUUCACCCUUGGCAGGCCACAGGCCCCAGACACAGGGAGGGCCCCUGAGGAGGAUGGCCCUCACAGCUUAGAAGACCACGUGUGCCUGCUGGACUGCAUUGCUCUGGACCUGCAGGAGGUGGAUAUCUUUGCUGCAGAGCGUCUGCCCUGUCAGCCCUGUCAGCCCUGGGACAGCGGUGGUAAACCUCCCGAGUCCUCAGACCUCAUCUUUCCUUCGUACUCUGUCCGUCGCACCGGAGACAACCUGCUCAAAGACUGCUGCCGCCUCAAGCUUAAAGUGGAACGCAACCUGGACAAGGAGCUGAGCCAUGCAGUACCUGACAUGUCCAUCCACGGCAGCCUGUCGUCGGUACACUGCUCUCUGGACCUGGAGCACUACCAGCUGAUCAGAGGGCUGCUGGAGAACAACCUGGGAGAGCCUGUUGAAGACUUCCUGCGACCCUACAACCUGCAGGACCCCAGCAGCUAUACGGUGUUAAGUGGAGAUGUCUACACCAACUUGUCAUUCCUGGUGGACAUGAUGGAUGUCAGUCUGGAGCUCUUGGACAGCCCCAAACGCUCAUUAGCAAGGUUUGACUUCAUGAAAUCCAAGUUGCUCUUUGAGAGUUUCUCCAAUGGAUCCAAGUCUGUCAACUUGGUGUCUCACUCCCUGCUGGCAUAUGACACUCGGUACCCCGAGCCCAAUAAAAGCACUGGUGGAGCUGAUGGGGCAAGGCCCAACGUCUUUGACUGCAUCCUCCAGCCCUCCAAAACAGGCACCAACCGGGCGUCGCUGCAGCUGGAACUGCAUUACAGAUCCACACGUGACUCCUCCUGCUUCACGGUGGUCCUCAACAACCUGAGGGUCUUUCUCAUCUUCGACUGGCUCCAGCUGGUGCGAGACUUCCUGCGGGUACCGGUGGAGAAGGCGUCGAGUGGCGCUGAGCCACGUCAGCGCUGGCCCAGUAACACCAGCACUGACUCGGGCCCCACCACCAGCACCACCGGAGCCGUCAUGCCAAAGACGGUCAAGAGCGGUGUGGUCACCAAGAGGUCCACGGUGCCCGUCACCCAGGACCGCUGCCUGGAGGUCAAGAUCAACGUCACAGGCACAGAGUUUGUGGUUGUGGAGGACUCGUCCUGUCUGGAUACCAACGCCAUCAUUCUGAAAGGCACCACCGUCCUCACCUACAAACCCCGUCUGCUGGACAGACCCUUCUCUGGCAGCCUCGCAGGAAUAGAGGUGUUCUCGUGUCGGCUGGGCAGUGAGCAGGAGACGGCGCUGUCCAUCAUCGACCCGGUCAACAUCCAGGUGGAGCUGUGUGGGAGCCCCACAUACCAAAGCAGCUCAGGUCUACUGGACGCCUUCAAUGUGGAGGACAUCCCACCGCUGCUGGAGAUUCAGUUUCCUGCUCUGGACAUCCGUCUGUCCUACAACGACAUUCAGCUCUUCUUGGCCAUCGCCAAGUCCAUCCCUACGGCCAGCGCUCCGCUGCCCUCUGACUCUGACACCGCCGCUGCACCCAGCACCGAGCCCGCUGCUACACCCAAAGAAAGCUUCAGGCAGAAGACCGAGGCCCUCAUAGAGGGUCAGCUGACCCGUUUACAAGACCUCGGCUUCAGGAAAGAUGACUGCAAAAGAGCCCUGAUCCACUGUAAAGGCCAGCUGGACCAGGCUGCCACCUGGCUGCUGGAGAACGCUGAGAACAUGGUGGGCCAUCCCAGAGCCAGGGCGGACUCUGGCUCCAGCAGCCACUCGGCUCCUCUGUCUGGGGUGGAGGUGAAGGCGGAGAGCGUCUGCAUCUGUUUGAUCGAUGACUGCCUGGACUGUGACAUACCGCUGGCUGAGCUCACCUUCUCCAGACUUUAUGUGCUGCAGCGCAUCGGUUCCACCCAGGAAGGCAAAGCCAGCUUCACGCUGUCUGGAGACUACUACAACAGAGAGCUGUCGGGCUGGGAGCCCUUCAUCGAGCCCUGGCCCUGCUUCCUGUCCUGGCAGCAGCAGGCCGCCGGCCGUCUCCACCCUCCACGUCUCAAGAUGGGGAUUCGAGCCAAGCAGAGACUGGACGUCAACGUCACUUCUGUCCUGUUGGAACAAUACAACACCACCAAGAGCUCCUGGAUAGCUGACUACUGUAACGAGGAGGAGCAGACCCCCCAGUCUCCACCCCCCCAGCCCUGGAUGGGCUCCUCGGUCGACCCACCCAGCUUUGGACAGAGUGCUCCUCUUGCUCACCUUAGAACUAGGAGCACAGCCAGCUUGACCUGCCUCGAGCAGCAGAUUCACUCCAGAGCAGAUGUCAAGCUGUCCAAGAGGAGGCAGCCAUUCGUGCCGUACGCUCUGCGCAACCACACAGGCUGCACCAUGUUGUUUGCCACUCUGACCACGACCCCCACGAGGGUGGCGCUGUCUCACAGCAGCAGUGCGGACUCCAUCUCAGAUGUCCACGGUCCAGGAACUGACGACACUCACAACGUCAGCCAGUGGAGAGAGGUGCUGCCUGGGGAGGAGAUUCCCUUUGAGUUUGAAGCCCGCGAGAAACUCCGCCACCGACACACUCACGAGCUGAAGCUGCACCAGUUGCUGGUUCGGGUGUGUGGAUGGGAGCAAGUCAAGCCGGUGUCUGUGGACAAAGUGGGCGUCUUCUUCCGCUACGCAGCUCCGGACAGAAACAACUCUUCCAACACUGUUGGCAGUCCUAUUAGCAGAACCAACAUCAUCCACCCACAUGUUUAUUUCUCGGCCCUUCCUCCAGUCAGAGUGGUCUUCUCCAUCACGAUGGAGGGCAGCGCCAGGAAGGUCAUCACGGUCCGCUCGGCCCUCAUGGUGAAGAACCGGCUGGAUGUUCCUAUGGAGGUCAGACUGGACAGCCCCUCCGCCCCCGACAAACCAGUGGUGCUGCCUCCCAUCCUGCCGGGCCAGGCCUUGGCGGUCCCCCUCCACCUGACGUCCUGGCGGCUGCAGGCUCGGCCCAAAGGCCUGGGCUUGUUCUUCUGUAAGGUCCCCAUCCACUGGACCAGCGUGGAGCGGCCCGGAGAGAUCAGCAGCAGUAAGAGGGAGUGUCAGUCAGCAGACUUUGACGACAACCUCAAGCGUAACUUCAGGUUUUGUGUGGUCAUCAAAAAGGAGAACUACCCAGACCAGCAGCCUGCCAAGAGGGUUUCUGGCGGUGCGAAGCAGAUCUAUCGACAGCCAGGCCACACCAUCUACCUGCUGCCCACCAUGGUGCUGGCCAACCUGCUGCCCUGUGACCUCAACUACUACAUCAAAGGGUCGUCCAUCAAAGGCUCCCUGAAGCCGGGGAAAGAGGCCGUGCUUCACGCUGCCGACACCUCGCAGAACAUGGAGCUAGGGGUCCUGCUGGAGAACUUCCCUGUGUGCAAAGAGCUGCUGAUCCCCCCCGGGACUCAGAACUAUGUGGUACGCAUGAGGCUGUAUGACACCAACAAACAGCUGCUGUGCCUCACCAUCCGCAUCAUCCUGCGGGCGCAGGGGGCGCUGAAGAUCCUGAUCUCUGCCCCCUACUGGCUCAUCAACAAGACCGGUCUGCCGUUAAUUUUCCGCCAGGACAACAGCAAAGCCGACGCAGCGGGCCAGUUUGAGGAGCACGAGUUGGCCCGAAGCCUCAGUCCGUUGCUGUUCUGCUACACUGACAAGGAGCAGCCUGCUAUGUGUACUAUGCGGAUCGGGAAAGGGAUCCACCCAGACGGGGUUCCGGGCUGGUGCCAGGGCUUCUCCCUGGACGGAGGGAGUGGAGUCAGAGCAGUGAAGGUCAUCCAGCACGGGAACAGGCCCGGCCUCAUCUACAACCUAGGCAUCAGUGUGCGGAAAGGGAAAGGACGCUACAGGGACACUCACAUAGUGACCUUUGCCCCACGCUACUUGCUGGACAACCGCUCGACACACAAACUGGCCUUCGCUCAGAGAGAGUUUGCAAGAGGAAAGGGUACGGCCAACCCCGACGGGUACAUCUCCACCCUGCCGGGCUCCAGCGUUGUCUUCCACUGGCCCCGUAACGACUACGACCAGCUGCUGUGUGUGCGCCUCAUGGACACCCCCGACUGCACCUGGUCUGGAGGCUUCGAGGUCAACAAACCCAAGUCCUUUCACAUCAACAUGAGGGACACGCUGGGGAACUGCUUCUUCCUGCGGACAGAGAUCACCCUGAAGGGAGCCACGUACCAGAUCUCCUUCACUGACACGGACCAGCUGCCUCCACCUUUCCGCAUCGACAACAUCUCUGAGGUGCCUAUCCAGGUCUGGCAGCAUGGCGUGGCUGACAUUAGGCUGCACACUGAGGUGAAGGCGGGCUCGGUGCUGGACUACGCCUGCGACGAGCCCACAUUGCCCCCCUACCUCACACUGAUUGUGAAGGGAGCUGGAUCCUCAGAGGUCACAGCCGACAUGAACUUCUUCAGAGAAUACAACAAGCUCUACUACGAGAACUUCAUCUACAUCGCAGCCACACACACCUUCUCACAGAAUGUUGAGAGGAGACCUGUUGGGAAGAAGCGUCUGGUGAGCUGUGCUGAACUGGUUCUCGAUGUGGACACCAAGACUCAGAGGGUCAUCCUGAAAAAGAAGGAGCCGGGGAAGCGCUCCCAGCUGUGGAGGAUGACGGGGAGUGGCAUGCUGUGUCACGAAGGCUCGUCUCCACCGCAGAGCAAGCCGGCCCAGCCACGCCCACUGGACUCCUCUAAGGUGCUGGACAUCGCCGGGCUGGCAGCCGUUAGCGACAACAGUUUUGAGCCGUUGAUGCUGAGGAGGCCGGACUCUCGCCGCAGCACCACCCAGACGUGGUACUUCAGCUCAGGCAUGUUGACCUGCGGCCUCCCCCGGCUGGUGGUACAGGUGAAGGGUGGGGUGGCAGGCCUGUAUGAUGGAGCAGAGGUGGUGCUGGGACCAGACUCGGGGCUGCUGGAGCCUGGCCCCGAGCAGCAGUUCAUCAACCAGAAGAUGAGACCUGGUUCUGGGGUGCUGUCGGUCCAGGUGCUGCCAGAUGGACCCACACGUGUCCUGCAGAUCAGUGACUUCAACCAGAGGAGGAUGAUCCGGAGCUCGCCCAGCACAGAGCAGGACCGGAGCAAAGAGGAUGUGAAGAAGAGAGAGCCAGAGCAGGAGCUGGAGGUGUUGGUGAACUUGGAGGAGGGUCUGGGCGUGUCUCUGGUCAACAAGGUUCCCGAGGAGCUCGUGUUCACUACACUGUCUGGUAUCGACGUCCACUUCAUCCGCACUGCUACCAACGAGGUGCUGGAGCUCAGCAUUCAGAACAUCCAGGUGGACAACCAGCUGCUAGGUACCACCCAGCCCGUGAUGCUGUGUGUAACUCCCGGCUCCAGUGACAGCAGUGUCAGCGAGAGCGGCCCGGCGCUGCAGGUCAACGCGGUCAAGGUUCCCAGCAGCCUCAUGCUCACCGAUCUCUUCAAGCACCUGAUGGUGACGGCCCGACGCUUCACUGUCAUCAUCGAGGAGAAACUGCUGCUCAAGCUGCUCAGCUUCUUUGGAUACGGGCAGACAGAAGCUGAGCUGGAGAAGUUGGAUGAAAACCUGCACGAGAAGCCCAGCGAGGACGCAGGACCUCCCAAACGUUACUACUUUGAGAACCUGAAGAUCAGCCUCCCUCAGGUCAAGCUGAGUGUCUUCACCUCUCACAAGCUGCCUCCCGAUCUCAAGGUUCUGAAAGGCACCCUGGGCUUUCCUCUGGUUCGCUUUGAGGACGCUGUCAUCAACAUGUACCCGUUCACCAGAGUGCACCCCUACGAGACCCAGGAGAUCAUCAUCAACGACAUCCUCAAGCACUUCAGAGAGGAGCUGAUCAGCCAGGCAGCUCAGAUCCUGGGCUCUGUGGACUUCCUGGGAAACCCCAUGGGCCUCCUGAACGACGUCACUGAGGGCGUGUCUGAGCUCAUCAAGUACGGCAACGUGGGCGGCCUCAUACGCAAUGUGACCCACGGUGUGUCCAACUCUGCUGCCAAGUUUGCAGGGACACUGUCCGACGGGCUGGGGAAGACCAUGGACAACCGGCACCAGAGUGAGCGAGAGUACAUCAGAUACCACGGAGCCACCAGCGGAGAGCACCUGGUAGCAGGGAUCCAUGGCCUGGCUCAUGGUAUCAUCGGAGGCAUGACGAGCAUCAUCACCUCCACAGUGGAAGGGGUGAAGACGGAGGGCGGAGUCAGCGGCUUCUUCUCGGGCCUGGGUAAAGGUCUGGUCGGCACUGUGACCAAACCGGUGGCUGGAGCUCUGGACUUUGCCUCGGAGACGGCCCAGACGGUCCGGGACAUGGCUAGUCUCAGUAACCACAGGCUCGGCGUGCAGCGGGUCAGGAAGCCUCGCUGCUGUAAGGGUCCUCAGGGUCUGCUGCCUCGCCACUCGAGCACCCAGGCCGACGGUCAGGAGCAGCUCUUCCGCCUGACGGACAGCAUCCAGUCUGAGUUCUUCAUCGCCGUGGAGCCCAUCGACAGCUACUGCGUCCUCAUCUCCUCCAAAGCGGUCUACUUCCUGAAGCCGGGGGACUACGUGGACCGCGAGGCCAUCUUCCUAGAGGUCAAGUACGACGACCUCUACCACUGCCUGGUCUCUAAGGAUCACGGGAAGGUUUAUGUGCAGCUCACCAAGAAGGCUGAGAGCACCAGCAGCGGUGUGGCCAUGCCCGGCCCCUCCCACCAGAAACCCAUGGUCCAUGUGAAGAGUGAGAGUCUCGCCAUCAAAAUCUCUCAAGAAAUCAACUACGCCAAGAGUCUGUACUACGAGCAGCAGCUCAUGCUGCCUGCCACUGAGAACGAGGACUACUUACUGCUCGAGUCCUGAUCAACAACCGUUACUAACUCUUCUUCGGUCCUUUUAUUGACCUUCGUAGGCCUCCGUAUUUUAAAGUGUUUGACAGACUGCAGUAAAGGGAAGAGUCAGACACGCCCGUGCACCUGGUUUAGUCACAUGACCUGAUGUUUGGCAAAGCACAUACAUGUAGGUGACAUGAAACACAUAUGCAAGGCGGCGUUAGUGUGUAUAUGUAGAGACACACUGGUUCUGUGUUUACAUGUCGGCUGAUGGCCGCCGGAGUUCUUUAUGUUUGUGAAUAGACAGAAAUGUAAAUAGAGUAUAAUACGUACCAGUACAACAAAGCAGUGUACAUACUGUAUUAAUUAUGAAGUAUGGAGAGUAACAACACAAGCUGAUAUAAUGUGAAAUGUAACAAACUGCCUUUACAACUCUAUUUUGUGUAUAAGAGACUAUUAGUUUUUUGGGGGGGGUCCUGCAGCCCCCCUGCCUCACACACUGGAGCUGCCUGUCUCUCUGCCUUUUCCGGUCGCACCCCUCCAGGUCUGACGUGUCUACUUAUCGUUAACGACCCUUUUUUUAAUGAGCCUGGUGUUGUUUCUAACCGCAGUCGUCCUCUACAGGACGACGUGUCCUCUCUGAGCUGUGUGAGGCUCAGAGCUUUGGGUUUGGUGUCAGGUGAGAUUUUCUUGAGCUGAGUUUGAGUUGUUGUGUGUUGAGAGGAGGAGUGGAGGUCAGGACAGGCCUGUCGGGGGGCGGGGAGCCUGUAAAAUACCGUUCACAUGGACACCGCUUCAAAUAAAGCACCUGCAGCACUCUC